GUCGACUGAUGAUUGUGAUCCAUUUGGCAUUAUGACAUCUCUUUGCUUUAAAGUCUUUGACGAUACUAUUCCCAUGAGCGCUUAUGGCUGGAAUACUUGAUUGAAAGAAAAUGGCGACUAUAAUUAGGUUACUGAAAGGAAAAACAGUUGUGGGAGUUUUCAAGCAAGCUUGGGAUGAAAUUCCAGAAAUUGUUGCCUCUACAGCUUUGGCUCUUUUUGGAUUAGGCUUGGGUGGAAUUGGUCUUUAUAAUUAUUAUGCUAAGGACGGAGACAACAGAAGGUACAAAUAUGAUUAUAUAGUUCUCCGCCCAGAUGAUCCAGGAGUCGCAAAAAUACGAAGAGAUUAAAAAGUCUCUUUUCUAGAACCUUGUUUUCAAGAUGUACAUAGAAUGCUUUAUAAAAUUCAAAUACUUUGCUAGAGUUUGAAAAUAAAAUGUUUUUUCUUCA